AUGUUUGCUUUAAAGAUUGCAGUGCUGCUUAUCUUUAUUUAUCAAUUUGGUGCAUGUGACGACUCAGUGUCAGAUGACGUGGGGCCGCACAUGCUCAUACGACUUAUUAGUCAAUUAUCACCAAAACAGUGUGAGGAUCUUCUAUUGGAUAUUACAGAAUCACUUGGUCAACGCAGGGAAUACGACAAAGACAAAUGUCCUGACAUUCUGGUGGAACUCCUUGACCAACUAGGAGACAUGUCCUGGGAUAUAUUUUCUGAUGCCCUGUAUGACGUAACACGUAAAGAUGUUUCUAAAGCUCUUGGAAAGUCCUUCAAUAAGGGCAAGGCCUCGCUGAUGACGGAUGAUGCCAAAGGCUAUGCUGAAGGCUAUCGUAGGCGAAAGAGAGGGCUCAAGACCUUCAUAUUACCAAAAGGUGCAAGAAUGGAGACAUCUGGAGCUAGAGUCAACAAGAGAGACUUGAACAGCCUUAAAGAAGAGGAUUUGAUUGUUGAGAGAGAACAGCAGCCACCAUAUAGCCGUCCCCUUACUGCAUGGCACCACCCAUUGAUCUAUUGGAUGAUCUUUGGGUUCUUCGGAGCUGCUGUAUUAACUGCUGUUAUCAUCUUGGUCGUCGUUAAAAGCAGUGAUGAUGAAGAGACAGAUGAAGAAGAACUUUCUGUUUUGUCUGUUUGA